UCCGCUCGGGGCGGCGGCAGUGGCGGAAGUGGAAGCAAGGCCGGAGCUUUUAGCCAUAAAGCCCGAGGCGGCGACGUUGACUACGGUGUUUGGGGCUGGGCAGCUGCGAGGAGCCUGGUGGAGCCGGAGUCGGACCUCUCUGUCGCGGCCUGCGUUGUGUCUUCUUCUGUGUCUUCUUCUCGGCUGCCCCCGCGCUUAAAGGAUGACCUCUAGGAAGAAAGUGUUGCUGAAGGUCAUCAUCCUGGGAGAUUCUGGUGUUGGAAAGACAUCUCUCAUGAACCAGUAUGUGAAUAAGAAGUUCAGUAACCAGUACAAAGCCACAAUAGGAGCAGACUUUCUGACCAAGGAGGUGAUGGUGGAUGACAGGCUCGUUACCAUGCAGAUCUGGGACACAGCAGGACAAGAACGGUUCCAGUCUCUUGGUGUGGCCUUCUACAGAGGUGCAGAUUGCUGUGUUCUCGUGUUUGAUGUGACUGCCCCCAACACAUUCAAGACCCUCGACAGCUGGAGAGACGAGUUUCUCAUCCAGGCCAGCCCCCGGGAUCCCGAGAACUUCCCUUUUGUUGUAUUGGGAAACAAGAUCGACCUCGAGAACAGACAAGUGGCCACAAAGAGGGCACAGGCUUGGUGCUACAGCAAAAACAACAUUCCUUACUUUGAGACCAGUGCCAAGGAGGCCAUCAAUGUGGAGCAGGCCUUCCAGACAAUUGCUCGGAAUGCCCUUAAACAGGAAACAGAAGUGGAGCUGUACAAUGAAUUCCCUGAGCCCAUCAAACUGGACAAGAAUGACCGGGCCAAGGCUUCCGCAGAGAGCUGCAGUUGUUGAGGGGGCAGUGAGCACAGAGCACAGAGUCCUUCGCAGACCAAGAACACACACGUAGGCCUUCAAUAUGCGUCCCUAUUCCUCUAAACAGAACAACGUGAUCUCUCACAUCCAGCUGCCAAAAGAAACUUCACCAAACACAGCUAUCCACCACACACACCCACACACACACACACAGCAAGCAAACUCCAGCCUGUGCCAGUCAGGACUCCCGGGUAGCUGCCCACCACGAGCCCUGUGUAUGGCAUAUGGCGAAGACCCUGGGUGCUCUGGGGUGCAGUGGGCAUGGAAAACGUACUCUUUUUGUCCACUGGAAAGUGAGAGAACUGUUCACAGUUCAUCUGUGUCUAAUUAUCUGAUUUUUUUUUUUUUAACGGUCUUGUGGUCUUUUGCCCCUGCCCCUCUUUGAAGGUCCUGUGGGAAGGCUGGUGCCCACGCUCCAUUCUGAACAGGCUGUUUUGUAUGUAUCUGUUAAUGCUUGUUACUUUUAACUAAUCAGAUCUUUUUACAGUAUCCAUUUAUUAUGUAAUGCUUCUUAGAAAAGUAUCUUAUAGUACAUGUUAAUAUAUGCAACCAAUUAAAAUGUAUAAAUUAGUGUAAGGAAUUCCUGGAUUGUGUGUUUAAGUCCUCUAACGCAGGCGUGCAAGGUGGAGGGUUGAACCCUGUCUGGAUACAGAGUGUUAGAGACUCAGAUCUGGAAGUCCAGCUAGUGGCAGUAUUCUGUACAGUAGACACAAGAAUUAUGUACGCCUUUAUCACAGACUUAAGAGCCAAAAAAGCUUUUCAUCUCUCCAGAGGGUGAAACU